CAACUAAGUUUCUUCAUUCUUCACUUCAUAAUAUCAACUUCAUUCUAAACAAUUAGAAAGAACAAAUUAUACAUGUCUCCACAAACAUAAAGAAUAUUAGUUGUUUAAGGAAGAUAUAUUAUUUAGAAUAUUAAAUAUACCUGGAAAGUAAUUAUAUGUGUGUGAGCGGGUACCCAUGGGGCGGGUUUACCUAAACCCAAACCCAACCCGACCCAGUGAAUAGUGUAGCGGGUUUAAACUCGAACCCGGCCCAAAACCCGUCAACACGGGUUUUACCCGCGUUGACCGGAUUGGAUCGGGUGGGUACCCAUGGGUUCGGGUUUUGUUGCCAUCCCUACUUGCAUUCUUGAAGUCAAUUGUGUAAUUGUAACUUGUAAGCACUACUAGUUGGAUAUUCUCUUUUUCUCAUCGGCCAAACAGAAGAAGAAAGAACAAGGAGCAAGACGACUUCGUUGGGGCCCAAUAAGAGGGAUAAGGCCCAAGUGUAUCAAGGAAAGCCAGAUUUGGGCCCGUUAAAGUAUGGUCUCUCGGCCCUUUCUCCUUUGGUAUAUAAUUAGUUUUUUUUGGAUUCAACAGAAAACCGGAGGCGAAGCAGAGCCCUGGGCAAAAAAAAGGGCGCGCAGGUUUGCAAAGCCGAAGAAAGCGUGAGGGUUUCUUCCAUCGCUGGCUAGCCUUGAGAUCGAUUCGCGCUUCGACAGGUAAGGGGUUUUCUCGUCUUGGUUCCUUCUUCUCCGUGCUAAUAUUAACCGCAUUGCAUACUUGGAAGAAACUUUUAUAUGGCGCUCGUCAAAUUGGUUUUGGUUGGAUGAAGUAGAAUGAUAUCAGAGAGUGCGGAGGAUUUUGUUCGAGUCAGAUUCUGUAUUUGGAUCUCUACUGUUGUUAUCUCUUGUUAUGGUGAUCCUCUUUCCGUGUGUGUAUUGGUUGUUGAUGUUUUCCUUGCAGAAAGACAAUUUUUCUUCUUCUUGUGGUGUGUGAUGUUUGGCGAGGAAGAUGAUAAGGGUUUCUAGGAUAUGACAAUGACAAUGAACUUGGAGCCGAAGGAUCCCGGAAUAUGGAGCCAUGGGUUGGAAUUGGAAGUACGAAUCGACAGAUUGAGCGAUCUUCCAGAUUACAUUCUGGAGCACAUUCUCUCCUUGGCCGCCCUCGACAGCAAGACCUUAGUUCAAACCAGCAUUUUAUCAAAGAGGUGGAGAUGCUUGUGGAAAGGAGUUCCAGCCCUCAAUUUCAGCAGGACGUCCUUCAAGGCAGAAUGGAGUUUCACAGAUCACGUGCUGAUGUAUCUAUCUCUCCGGUGCCAUUCUAUUGCUGUUGGGAGCAUCGCCUUCAACUUUGGCUCAAUAACAUGCGAGCGAGUUAGAUGCAUGGAGAUGUUUGAUCAUGUCAUGCAAUAUGCAACUGCGGCCCAUGGUGGCCAGCUUCACCAUCUGUCCAUCAGCUGUGCUGGUGGCAAGGGUCGUCUUAGUCCUCUAGUUGCCUCCAUCACUCGGUGUCCUGUUUAUGAAUCGCUCAAGGUUCUCAAGUUGAAAGGAUUCUGUCUUGACACCGCUGCACUUUCUUCUGUGGGCUUUAAGUUGCUGACAACUCUUGAACUGCAUCACUGUCGUCUCAGUGAUUAUCCUACUGUACAUCCUUUAGCUAAUCUCCCAGCUUGUUUGAACUACUUAAAGUUGAAUGGCUGCACAGCACAAUGUUGGUUUCGAAUAUCGUCGCCCCAACUGCUGGUCCUCGAAAUCAGAAGUUUACCAUUCUCUGGUGGGGUCGAAGUGUUUGCUCCAAAGCUCAAAUCUUUCAGUCUCUGGUGUAGUAUGGAAGAUAUAAAGUACAUUCGCCAGUUGAACUUCCCUUCUCUGGCACAUGCAAACAUCCGCCUUUGGGGCCAAGACCGGCAUGAUUGGAAAGACGUUACAGUAUUGGAAUGCUUCAGUUGUGCAUAUAUCAACCUACUGCGAGGUUUGCAUCAUGUCGAGUCUCUCAUCCUUGGCUUUGACAAGUCGAAGAGUGAAAUCCCCUGGGGAGAUCGCCAGCUUCCCUUCAGUAGAAUGAAGCCGUUAACAACGAAAUCGUGGAAGGCCUCUCCGUUUCCUAGAUUGAAGUCGCUGCGAGUGCUGUAUCCUCGAGAGCUGUCGAAGCUACCAUUGCAAGUGUUCCGUUAUUUCUUCAGGAGCUCUUCUAUCAAUACAGAGGAAAUGACCGUUAAAUUUGAGUGGCAGUCGGAAUAGCUAACUCAAUGAAUCAUCAUAGUAUUAAUCAUGCUGCGGAAAUGGUGUCGUCGUCGAGAUAUCUCGGGUGUAUGUAGUAACAUAUAUAUCUUUUAGAUGGAUUGUUGUACAGUCGGCAUUGGCAAUGACCACCACUGCCUCCGUCAAAACAAUCCAAAAUGUAUCUUUGGAUUUCAAAUGAAUCCAAAUGAAUUCCACAAGUUUUGAUGAAUUUAUUUUGAAAUGAAAUCUUUUUGUAUUUGAUAUUUAAAAGAAUUUAUUUUCAAUUCUAAAUUUUGAAUUCCACGGAAUUGGAACUAGUUAUAGCAAUUUUGAAGAGUUGAGAUGGAAUUUGAAAAUGAAUUCCACAAGUAUUUACUAAUUAUAAUAGAAUGACAUAAUUAUCCUCAUUUAUUAACUGAACUACUUCCACAUAUACUAUUUGGCGCCAAUUGAUGCAGUGUGAGGAACGUCACCAAGAAUUUGAUUGCAACGCUAGAGUAUUUGCUGGUUAUUUUAUAUUUAUGCUUCGAUUGUAUCACUACGUUAAGAAGACACAACUAGAUUGUAGGGUUCAUCGACAAAAUAUUAGAAAAGAACUAAUGAAUAUAAUAGAAACACACAAAAACACUUUUGAUAUUCUACAUAUAGAACCAAAAAAAAAAUUAGAAGAUGGAUUUUCAAUGAAUAUUAUUUUUCCCAGAAAUUAAUAAGGGUGUAGUUGGAGAAACUUGUAAUUUAUUUCAAUUCUAAACCUAUGUCAAACAUGGUUUGGGGAUGCAAUUCCUUUAUUUCUAAAGAUUUUCAUAUGACAUACCAAACACAGGAAUUCGUUUGACAAUGAAUUUUACACAGUAAUUCAUUUUAAAUGAAAUGAAUUCUCGAUUCAUUUGGUACCAAAUGGUUUGGUAGAAUUUAUUAUCAAAUGAAUUCCUGUGUUUGGUAUGUCAUAUGGAUAAGUAAACUAGUUAAUAAAAGAGGAUAAUUAUGUCAUUUUAUUAUAAUUAGUAAAUACUGGCGAAAUUCAUUUGGAAAUUCCAUCCCAAUUCUUCGGAAUUGAUAUAACUAGUUCCAAUUCCAUAGAAUUCAAAAUUUAGAAUUGGAAAUGAAUUCUUUUAUAUACCAAACACACACAAAAAAUUGUUUCAAAACGAAUUACUCAAAAUUUAUGGAAUUCAUUUAUAUCAAACGGUAUGUUAGGUUUCAGACUAAUUAAUAUUUUCUGGAUGCAUACAUGUGCUUCAUCUUCUUUGCUAUAUUAUAUUUAGGGUUUCCAUAGCUAAUCAUGCUCUCACUCAGGUAUAGAGACGUGCAUUGCAUGCAGUGAGUCAAAACUCAUAAAAGGACACUAUAUAGUAUAUGAGGAAUUUUACAAUGCUAUAUAGCAUUGGUGCGAUAUGUUUUUGCUUUUAUGGUACAACUUGAAAUUGUACCUUUAAUGUUAUGGUACAACUUCAGAUUGUACCUAUACUUUUUGUACAAAUUCUUUUAUGAUACAACUUAAACUUGUACCUUAUGUGAUGGAACAACUUCAAGUUGUAAAGUUGUACCAUAACAUAAUGCUACAAAUUCCUUUAUGGUACAACCUAAACUUAUACAUUUAAUGUUAUGGUACAACUUCAACUUGUACAUUAAGGCACCAAUACUAUAUAGUAUAGUAGAAGUGCUCAUAGUAUAUAUGACAGUAACUGUUACAAUCUACAGCACCGAUCGGUCGGUCGGUCAUACGUAUAUAAUUCAGGAGGGUUACGAUGUGCAAAGGUUUGGUAUGUAUUGGACGGCAUCGGAUUAAACCGAAUCGAAAAUAAUACGGUCCUAUUUUUGGUGCCAUGAGUUUUAUAAAUACCGAAGAAAAAUUGGACGAGUUGACAUUUGGCCAGCGGUCUAUGCUCUCGCUUGACUUGCGUCUUCUAUAUGUCUGCUCUCUCAGUAUAUGAAGUUGUCAUCCGAUGAAGUUUUCUUUCUUGUUAAACCAUAAAAUUCUUCAGUUUAA